AGGGGUCACAUGACCUGUCAAGUAGGAAGCGUCUGGUUCAGCGAGCGAAGCCUCAGCCUCGAGCACAGAACGCAAGACGACGAAAUCACCGCCCGUAUCCCGCAGCUAUUUGAAUUAGUCGACCGCAGCCAUGAACGCGAAGCUGUAUUUGGUCGCCGCGGCAGUCGUGGCUUUCAUUGGCGCGUCCGCCGCGUCAGACUCCGAUGGAUGCCUCUCUCUCGGAUGUACCGCUUGUGAAGCCAACAAUGACUGCCAGUGGUUAAACUGCACAUCAUCAUCUGGUGUCGUCGGUUGUCGGAAUGUGACUCUCCUGGAUGCAAACAACACCUGUAGCAAUGCCAGUUGCUCUGCUGGUCUGAGCUCUUCGACCCAGAUUCCGUCGUCCGUUGCCCCUACCACCGCAAACCCCCACACCCCUGUUGUCACUACCUUUAACAGCAGCACCCUUCCGCCCAUCACAGCCAAUUCGACCAACACUUCCACUGCUGCGCCUGCACCCGGUCUCAGCACCACCACAGUUGCACCCACAACUGCAUCCACUAAUUCAAGCGGCUCCACGACAAGAUCCCCAGUGACGUCUUCUCCGGCCCCUCACAAGAACUCCACGUUUGACGCUGCCAGCUUCAUCGGCGGUAUCGUGCUGGUGCUGGGCCUGCAGGCUGUCAUCUUCUUCCUCUACAAGUUCUGCAAGUCUAAGGACCGCAACUACCACACCCUUUGAGGCUGUACUGCGUGCUCAGGUCCACACUUCUCAGAAUAAUCCCCACCAACCAAAACGCUCCCGUCCACCCCCCUUGAUAACUCAGUGUUUCCGAGCUCCUCCAUCUUACUUACCUCCUCCUAAAUGUGUUUAAAUCAUUUUUUUCCUGCAAAUUGAUGUUGUUUAAAGCCUCCUCAUAGAAAUGAGGUGGUCAUUGCAGAAGAGGAAACAGUGUUGGAGUUGUGUGAUUGGAUAACUGCAAAGGUUCAGUUUAGCUUUUAGCCUGUUGAGUCAUUUGUCGGUCCCCUCCCCCCUAAUGCCGUUUUAUCUUGUAUAUGUUGGUCAUGGUUUAUUUAAGAGGUUAUGAUUAUACCCGCAGUUAACAAGCCAUUUGUCAGGCGGGUGGCUCGAUUUUUGUUGUUUGUCAUGCUGGGCAAAGAUCACCCGAAACAAGUUAUAAAGAUUACAACUGUGCUAAAGAGCAGUUUCAUGCAAUAAAACCUCAAGUCCAUCUCCUGCCCAUCGACACCUUAGAUCCCACCAGCUGUCCGGUUGCGCAGGUGGACUUCAAAAACGAAAGAUUGUACAGUAUUUUUAGGAAUAUAAAGAACUUGUUUAAUGAGUUGGAAGUAAGUGGCUUGCACUUUUCCUUGAUGCGGACCGUAAUACAAUAGGUGUCAAGUGCCUUUAAAUGUCCAGUGUGGUUUGAUGAGGAAACUUGAGGGAAGGAUGAUUGUAUUUCUACCUGCUUGAGUGCAAUGGCGUGUAUCCCAGCUGGACUGAAGAGCCUUAGUGAGACAGGGAAAGACAAUAGAAGCCUAGGCUUAUUAUUAGUCAUUUAUCCCCUCCUUGCCCCCAUUCAAAGACGAUAAGUUCAUGUAUGGUCUUAAUGACCUCGCACCUCACUUGGUGUUGGUGGAAAGUUCUCGUUCACUCCCAAUCAGUGAGUGUAGCUUUAGUUGUAUUGGAGGGUUUGGAUUAUUGUUGUUAGAGUUAAGAAAAUGUUUGGAAAUGCAAGGUCUGUUUGGCUAUGUGCUGCUAUCUGCGUUAUUUUAAAAAAAAGAAAAAAAAAAAAAAAAAAAAUUUGUUUGCUGUCAUGUAGUCGUCCUGUCCAUUUUAGGUUUUCGUGAAGUUCAGGGAAGUCUUGAUGAAGGAAUGUCAAUCUGCUUUUUUGUUUUUCUUCUUCCUUACAGAGCUCGUCGCUGAAUGUUAUGGUGAUUAUUGAAUUUUUUGCAUGCUGGAUGCUUAUUUCCUCUCUAUGUAACAAGGUCAAAGUGAUUCACACCCUGGCCAAAGUGGAUUUAGAUUUGAUGAAUGUGGAUAUUUCUUUUAGCUGGAAAUAACACAAGAAGGGCAAAAUACUGUAAAGUCUCAUUUUAAAUGUUUUAAAUUAUCAUAAUCUUUGUCAAAAAUGAUUCAACCCCCUUGAAAUACAGGCAUCCCCAAACACACAAAAAUAGCCAAGACCCGUUUUGGGACCCCCAGUUUUGGAACUUUGCUGUAGAUUAUUAGCUAUCAGGGUUCUUUUAUAAUGUCACAAAAUAUUGAGUUUCUUCCAAAUUGUCAGGGAUAGUAGUAAUUUCAAACAAAUAAGGACAAUAAUACAUAUUUUGGACUGGUCGACUGCCACUUUCUUGUCAUUUCCAGCUAAAAAUGUCUUUUGGCCCCCUGCGAUUGGCAGGCAACCAGUCCAGGGUGUACUCUGCGUCUCUCCCUAAAUUGCUUGGGAUAGGCGCCAGCUCAUCCUAAUGAAGACAAGUGCUUUAGAGUUUAGUUGGAUGUACUUUGGCCAGGUAGUGAAUAAUUUUGGGCGGGAGUGUAUUUGCUCCUAUGGAUUUUUCCACAUUGAAAAGCCACUGAAGUCAUGAAGAGAAUGCCUUGAAACCGUGAGCCAUCUACGCCAAAUUCCUCCGUUUUGGCAUGAAACUUAAGCAUUGCACUGACGAGCUUUUUGUUUGUACCAUGUUUGUACAGUUCUGAAACCAAUUCAAAUGCUUGUGUAUUAUGAGACCACGCAGUAUAGAAUAUAAACUCUCCUUCAUCAUACAAUCACCAGGUGGCAUUAGGCUACAGCCCAAAGACGCACAGUGAGUUUUUGCCUUAGCUGCAUCUGAGUUUUUGCCUUAGCCGCAUCCCAUUUUUGCCCAUAUUUCCAGAAAUACUUAAGUGUCAACCAACGCUGCUGCAUCAUUGGGCCUGAAUUCCUGAAAGAAGACGAGCAUCACAUGCUCACAUUGUUGCUACACCCAAACACGCGUUCAUUGUCUGCUUCUUACUCAACUCUCCUGCACAUCUUCAGGAAAAGUGCCUUAUUCAGUUAAGUUUGUAAGAGCAAAAAAAAACAAAAAAAAAACAUUCAGCUUAAUGCAAAUGGUCAUCAACAUUUUCACUCUUUUUUUAUUUUUUUUAAUUUAUUUUUUUCUCUGUCGUGUGGUUUGCUCUGUUGCGCCUAGCCUUAACUUUGAAAUCAUCUACAUUAUCUGUAUAAGGAGUGUUUUGAAACACACACCUACUGUUCAACUUAUUAAAUGAAAUGAUCUCUGCUCUGAACCGCAGCCGUUUUCAUUGUCCCAAUGAAGGUCUCGUUUUCCACCAAGAGGCGGUAUAGUUCGGCUCCUUUUGACCUGGUAUGGAUCGCGGAUACAUGAAUAAUUUAACAUCAUAGUAUACCAGAAAGAUGGCAUUUGGUUCGUGGUAAUUAGAGAAAAUUAAUAUGAAACACUACUUUGAAUCACCCUUCCACUCUUUUUGGUUUUCUUUUCAUUCAAUUCCAUUGGAACAUGAAAGGCGGCGGGCAAUCUGUCGACCAGCAGAAAAGCACCGAAAGCGGUGCUUCUAGCGCCACCUCCCUACAAACAUAUCAAACCGUAUCGCAACCCUAAUGAAAAAAGUUCCUGAAAUGUCCCCCAUAUCAAAACGGUACCCAAACCGUCUGACAUUUUGGAACUAAAUUGCGGAUUGAACUCUACGGCUUGGUGGGAACGAGGCUUUUAACAAAUCACGGGAUGACUUUACAAGAUGGCCAGUAAGUUUAAAAAAAAAAAUAAUAAUCUUUCACUCCUUUGUGUUUAUUUCCAAUGUAUUAAAUAAUAAAAGCUUUCCCUGUAUGGCCUAAUGGCCUGAUUUCUACGUGCGUACAAUCACACAGUGGAGUGCCAUCCAUUUGUGUUUCCUUCUCAAGGCCGUCAAUCCAUCUCCUUGGUCCGAUUCCGAUGGCUAUAUACAAAAAAAUUGCCCCUUUUGUUUUUCUUAAUCAUCUAUUUGCAUUGUUUUUCAAGUGUUGCUUCAAGUUACAGCCUGUUGACUCAAUAAAGUUUGUUCAAACAAUCA